UUUUCUUCUAAGCUUUCUUCAAUUUCCCAUUCGAUCCUUAAUCACGCGGUUCUGGAGUUUCGCAAUGGCAACGACGUCGUUGAAUGAGGCGGAGUUCGAGUAUUUGUUUAAGCUGCUCAUGAUCGGCGACUCCGGCGUCGGCAAGAGCACGCUCCUCUUGAGUUUCACCUCCAAUACCUUUGAAGAUCUCUCCCCCACAAUUGGUGUGGAUUUUAAAGUGAAGCAUGUUACUCUUGGCGGUAAAAAGCUGAAGCUGGCAAUAUGGGACACAGCUGGACAGGAGAGAUUUAGAACUCUUACUAGUUCGUAUUAUAGAGGAGCUCAAGGCAUAAUCAUGGUGUAUGAUGUAACGCGACGUGACACAUUUACGAAUUUAUCUGAUAUAUGGGCUAAAGAAAUUGACCUGUAUACCACAAGCCCAGAUUGCAUCAAAAUGCUUGUUGGAAACAAGGUUGAUAAGGAAAGUGAGAGGGUUGUCACCAAAAAAGAGGGGAUAGACUUUGCGAGAGAAUAUGGAUGCCUUUUUCUCGAGUGUAGUGCUAAAACACGAAUAAAUGUAGAGCAAUGCUUUGAGGAACUUGUCCUAAAGAUAUUGGAGACACCAAGUCUCCUGGAGGAGGGCUCAGCAGGUGUAAAAAGGAAUAAUAUCUUUAAACAAAAACCUCAGACUGGUGUGUCAACAAGUGGCUGUUGCUCAUACUGAUUGAACUCUGUGAUAACCGAAUUUAGCUACAUUUCUUUCUCUACAUAUAUUCUUAGUUUCUGCUGAUUGAUAUGUGAUUAACAGCUUAACUCAAAUUGUAAUGUUCUGAGUGAUUUCCCUUAUCAGUGUUUAUCUAUAUUUUAGGAAGUGUAGAUUCAUAUUUUCAGAUCUGAGUUGUAUGUGAAAUUUGUAUUGUUCUUUUCCAUAAUGGUCUUUCGCUGUGCCAAUCAUGAGGUUCUAUGUGAAUUUCUUAUCAUUAAUCUUAUGAUACACAGAUAGUGAAAUUUUUAACUC